GUGAGCUGCGGGCGCGGCGCUUGUUUUGGUUUCUCUCUAGCUUGCCCUGGCAGCUUAGGGUGAACGCUUUUUUGUGCCGGUUGCUGCACCUAUCUGCACUGUGGCCUCCUCUUCUUAGGGCUUUCUCAGCUCGCAGUUCGACAAGCCCUUCGGGGCCGGUUCCUGCCAUGCCGCUAGUCCGCUAUAGGAAGGUGGUCAUCCUCGGGUACCGCUCUGUAGGGAAGACAUCUUUGGCACAUCAAUUUGUGGAGGGCGAGUUCUUGGAAGGCUAUGAUCCUACAGUGGAGAAUACUUACAGCAAGAUAGUCACUCUUGGAAAAGAUGAGUUUCACCUACACCUGGUGGACACAGCAGGGCAGGAUGAGUACAGCAUUCUUCCCUAUUCAUUCAUCAUUGGGGUCCAUGGUUAUGUGCUUGUGUAUUCUGUCACCUCUCUGCAUAGCUUCCAAGUCAUUGAGAGUCUGUACCAAAAACUACAUGAAGGCCAUGGGAAAACCCGGCUGCCGGUGGUGCUAGUGGGAAACAAGGCAGAUCUCUCUCCAGACAGGGAGGUGCAGGCAAUCGAAGGGAAGAAGCUGGCAGAGUCCUGGGGUGCAACAUUUAUGGAGUCAUCUGCUCGAGAAAGUCAGUUGACUCAAGGCAUCUUCACCAAAGUCAUCCAGGAGAUUGCCCGUGUGGAGAAUUCCUAUGGGCAAGAGCGCCGCUGCAGUCUCAUGUGAGCCCUCAGGCAUGGUGUAGCUGCUGGGAUUCUUCCCCUGGCACUUACCAGGCUCCAAUGGGGGCAGGUUCUCAGGACUUCACGGGUAUGGUUGCCAGCUGUGUCCCUGGUCCUUUGGGCACACAGUAUGGUACCCUCAUGUUUGCACACUUUCCCCAGGCUCCAGUGGCCUGGUUGUCAAUGUUUACAAAAGGGGCAAGAAUGUCUCAUGGGCACUGGCCUCUGUUUUUGCUAAAUGAAUUCUUAUAACCUGCAGGGUUGCGAUAUGAGUCCUGGGAAUUGUUUAUUCAGGACCCAGUCUCCUAUGUAGGUUUUGGAUAUUGUUUGGGUGAAGGGAGCUGGGGACUCCAGAAGUGGAGCUGGCUCCCUGGGGUGAGAAU